AGGAUCUUCUUCACCAUGAAAACAGCAUUCACUUUUAUAAUUUGUGUUCUAUUUGUUACUUCAAUAAGAAGUGAAGAAUCAUCUGAAAAUGUUCAUGUAAGUGGAUCAUUUCGAGUUGCGGCUGAAGGAGAAGAACUUCCAAGAUCUGCAGGAACCCAACAAGAACAUCCAUUCUUCCAACUUGAAGCCAUGAAAAUUGCAAGAGCCUACUUGGACAGACAAUACGCAAAGGAACGGGAACAGAAGGCAGACCAAUUUGGAGCAUAAUCGUUUUAUUUCACAUCACAUUAAGCCAAAAAUCAAAUUCCUCUCACCUACAGGGCUUUCAAUUAUGAAGUAUGAAUGUAAUAAAUUGUUAGAAACGAAAA